UCUAAAAAGCAAAAAGAAAAACGAAAUCAGAAAACAAUAAGUGGUCCAUUCAAUAGUUGUAGGAUUGUUUGUAUUUUUGUUCAGUACUGAAUUUCCAUCACCCAAAAACACCCUAAUCUCUUCUGCCUCUCUGGUCUGCUACCAUAUUUCUAGUGAACUCUCUUCAACAAAUCUUAGCCUUUUAUCUUUCUACAACAUCUCCCCGUGACCACUGCACCUAUAACCCCCUCUUUCUCUUUCCUUCAAAGAGUUCAAUAUAUUUUUCAUAUUUUUUUAAUUAUAAAUUUAUUUAUACAUAUGCCAAACCCCAAAACCCUUAUGAAUUCCUUUAUUUAAAUACCCCCUUUUUCUAUCCUUAGAUAUUUCUCAUCUUCUUGAAUUCAGUGCUUCACUUCUUUGGCCAGCUAAAUUCACUCUUCUCCUUGUUUAAGGUAGAUUCUCUUGGGAUUAGUUAAUUCUCUUAAGCCAAAAUAUUUUUCUAAUGUUUAUGUUAGAAAAGUGUUUUUAGCUCAUUGACUUUUUUAAUAUAUAUAUUUUUUAUAAUAAUGUUUUAGGAAGUUUGGUUUAUAGUGAAAAGUGUAGUACUUUUUAGGGUUUAGGGGUUCUUAUAUUGUUUGUUCUCUAUUACUUUUUUGGGUCUGUAUUUGCUUUGAGAACUUCACCAAAACCAACACAUUCUUGCCAAUUGGUGCACUUUCCUUUUCUCUUCAUAUUAUUUCAAGAUUCUUCUUUGUUCUUUACCAAUUUAGAAGUUAAUUUCUAAAUUGGCUUGAUGGGGUUUUCAAGAAUUCAUCAGUGAAUUUCAAGAAUUGUCACUUGUUUCAAUUCUUGAAUUCUUUGUGUUCUGUUUUUCACUCUGUUCCACUUUUUUUAGCACAAAAAUCAUGUCAUCUUACUUAACUAGUGGUGGAAGGGCAGCUUAUAAAUUAGAUUUAGAGAUUAUAAAAUCUCCAUCUACUUCAUGGACAUCACAAUCAUCUUCACCUUCAUCAACACUUUCAGAAUCAAGCAAUUCCCCUAUUGCAAUCUCAACUAGAAAACCUCGAACGCCUCGAAAAAGGCCUAAUCAAACAUACAAUGAAGCAGCAGCCUUGUUAUCCACAGCUUAUCCCAAAAUAUUCUCAACAAAACACCUUAUUAAGCCUUGCAAAUUCACUAAACCACAUUACCCUUUCUCUUAUGACUCCUCAGACUUGGUUGUCCCUUACCAAAUCGUCGAAAACUCGGGGUUUCUGCUUCAUCCACCUAUGAUUGAGAAACCCCAUUUCACAAUUGAGCAGAAGUCAGUUAGUUCUUGUGAAAAAAUAUGUCACAGCCCAGGGGAAAUUGACUCUAAAGGGUGUAGUUCUUUAGAUGUUUGUGAUGAAUUCCAAGAAGAUUUUGAUGCUGAGUCUAUAUUGGAUGAAGAAAUUGAAGAAGGCGUUAUUGAUAAUAUUAUGGGGAAGUUAAAUGUUGAGGUAAAUGAACAAACAAUGAAUACGUCCAAUUUUAGUUCUACUAGUUAUAGGAAGUGCCACCAAAAUUAUGUUGGUGGCACUUGUUAUGGUUUUCCAAUAGGAUUAGGAUUUGAAAAUGGAUACCAACAAUAUGAUUUUGGUAUGAUGAGGAGUGGGGUGAAACCAUUGAGAAAUGUUGAUGAUGGUGAUUGGUGGAGGUACCCUAGUGUAAACGUCAUCGACAUUACUCCGAAAUUUAGCAAACCACCGAUAGAAAAAAAGAAAAAGAAAGUCGAAAAAUCCAUGGAGCUGAGACCAUCUGCUAAGGAUAAUUCGAUCCCUAAGAGGACGAACAAGGAGAAUUCCAGUCAAGUGAUCAAAGAAGAGGUUGUUCAUGUUCCGAAACCAAAAUCCGGCUUGUUACUGAAAUUGAAUUUUGAUGAUGUUUUGAAUGCUUGGUCCGAUAAGGAAUCGCCCUUCCCCGAUGAAAUGCCGGGAUCGGAGCCUGCCGGAAAUGAUGUCCAAGCCAGAUUAGCACAAAUAGACUUGUUCUCGGAGAACGGAGGAAUUAGAGAGGCCAGUGUAUUACGUUACAAAGAAAAACGUCGUACACGUUUGUUCUCUAAAAAAAUUAGAUAUCAAGUUAGAAAAGUCAACGCUGAUCGACGGCCCAGAAUGAAGGUACUAUUAUUACGAAGGUAUCAUCAACUUAUAUACGUUGACAAUGGUAGGUUUGUGAAAAGCCCAAAUUCACCGGAGGACGAGCUAGGAUGAUUUUUCUAGAACUAUUAGGAUCCUUUUUCCUUUUCUUUUUGGAUAUUUACAGUUUUUUUAAUUUUAUUUCAUUAUCGGGAAAAGGAAAAGUUGUUCUGCCUUGUUACAGAAUAAAGGACCAACGAAGAUAGACUAGUUGAAACUCGAGAACAAAAAUAUGAAGCAGAAUAGUUGAAUUUCUUUUUCUUC